UGAAAGUCAACAGCUAUAUAUAAUUUGUUGAUAAGGUCCCAAAAACAACGUAAGAAAGAUAAAAUAACGUAAAAGGUUAUAGAUGCGCAUAGUUUUUGUGAGUUAAGACGAAAUGUUAACUGAAGGUGCUUCAUGCUCAAGUGAAAUUUCAGUGAACGUAAGCGACGCGUUCCAACGUAUUAUGCUGAACAAGAGAUUCGGAAGCUGGAUUGAAUUAGAUAAUGCGCUAAAGGAUUUCCAUAAAAUGACCAAUACACACUAUGUUCACGCAGGAAGUAGAUUGUUGAAGGAUGUGAGAUAUAAAUACUUGUUCGUAGUGUUUCGUUGCACGUUUGGUCGUAAACGUAAAUCAGAAGGUCUGAGUGUGAAUAAAAAACCGUCUAAAUUUUUAAAUUGCCAAUCGAUGUUUCGCGUAAGACUGGAGGGUCAACAAUACGUUAUAAAAUCUUACAUGUCUCACAACCAUCCGUGUACUAGUUCGUGGAUGGUUUGUGAUCCGUUGAGUAGACGAUUGUCAUCAGAAGAAAAAGAAAACUUGAAACCAGUUGUAUUGCACUGUCAGUCGACGGACGAAGUUAUCGGAAGUAUUAAGGAAAGAACAGGUAAGCAGGUGACCGCUGCUGAUGUCAAAAAUAUGAAAGCUGAACUCUCCACUGGUAAGUGUAUAUAAAUAUAUUUCAGGUUGGACUCGGAAGCAGGUAUUGCAGAUGAUGCGACAAAACGGUGAAGUUAGAGAGCAUGCAGAAAAUGGAUGUAUUACGGCGAUAUGCUUCAGCAGUUAUGAUCAGAUACGGUUGUACAAUCAAUAUCCCGAAGUCGUGUGUAUUGAUUCUACUUAUAAAACUAAUAAUAAAAAGUGAAUAUGAUUUUCGUUUUGUUCUACUAUGUAGAUAUUCAUUAUUCCAGUUAGUGGUGACAGACAAUUGGGGUCGAGGUCGAACUGUUAUGUUUGCAUGGACACAAAGAGAAAAGCGUUUCUGGAUGCCACGUAAAACAAUGUGGGCGCGUGCCUUUUACGGCAGUGUAUUAACUUUGGGUAACAACACGAAUAAUCGUGUUGAGUCAUUAAAUAGGCAGAUAAAAAGAUAUGUACGCAAAAGCGACAGCUUGCACAAAUGCAUGUACAAGGCUUUUAAGUGGAGUUCAAUGACUUUCUCUAGAAAAAGCAUUGAAGACCAAAUAAUCAGUGGACGAACAUACAAUUAUGAUGCUCCACAGCGUCUUAUACCCUUGCUGAACAUGUUGACUCCAUUCGCAAGAUCCAAAGUGUUAUACGAACUUUAAAAAAUGCGUUUCGUUAACUUAGAAUAUGAAAGUGGCGAGUGGUUGUUUAUGCUUGACCGCGGACAACAUUACGAAGUGGAUGUAAGUAUUUGUGAAUGCAAUUGUAGCACGUUUAAUAUGUGUCGAUAUCCGUGCCGCCAUCUCCUGCUGGCAUAUAGUAAAAGACGAAAUCUAACAGCUCAUCAACUUCUUAGGUGUUGCUGCAGAUGGAAAUUAGACAAUACGCACAAUUUACAAAACAACACAGGAAUUUCAUUACCGAGACGGAGUAAAGAAUAUAUACAACUUCAACGGCUCCAAAGAAUGUGCAAACAACAAAUUGUUGAGAAAUAUGGUGAACGCUUCGCGAAUCAGGUGGAGAGAAAAGUCUACAAUUUUUACUUAAGAAUUAUAAACAGCUAGACAGCAGGUUUACGAUUAACAGUUCUUUGUGGCUUUAUUUUAGACCACUAUUUAUACAACUUGUAAACUUAUCUUUCCACUUUAGUAGUCAUGAAAAAUCAAUAAACUUUUUCUCA